UUCACUGGCCGCUAGAGCGCACUCAGUACUCACGUCUAAUCUAAAUAUGGCGGCUCGAUCAAUGAAGUUGUAGUGUGUAGUGAAGUCUAGUGUAAAAAAUUGAAAUGAUUAAACAUUGUGAUUAUUUUGCGUGUUAAUAAAUAAAUGGGCCAUGGGAAGAGGCCAGGAUUUGUUGGAUGCGGCCCGUAAAGGCGAUGAGCGGAGUGUGGAGAAAAUUUUAGCACAAAUUACUAAAAGGAGUGGUCCUUUUACGAGUUUAAGAAGAGGUGCCGGUGUUAACGUACAAGAUGACAAUGGGUACACGCCGCUGCAUCACGCAUGUCUUCGUGGUCACAAGGAAAUAGUACGAUUGCUACUAUCAGUGGACGCGUCGCCAUGCGUGGCCGACAAAAAGGGCGCCACUCCCCUCCACCUCGCCGCGUGGAAGGGAGAUUCAGACAUCGUGGCUAUGCUGCUAGCGCAUAAUAACCCACCAGUAAAUGUUAAUCAUGUGACGCUAGACCAAGAGACAGCGCUGUUAAUGGCUGCUCAGUUCGGUUUCGUCAACGUGGUCGCGCAGCUCAUAGCCCGCGGCGCUGACGUCAACAUUAGGAACAUUAAACAGGAGAGCGCUUUGGAUCUGGCUGCUCAAUAUGGACGGUUGGAAACGGUCCAGCAUUUGUUGCGAGUGCAACCGAUGCUAGUACAGCCGUACAAGUAUCCCAAUUGGAAAGUUCGAUCGUUUUCGUCAACGCCGUUGCAUAGAGCCAGCAAGAAUGGUCACAAGGAAGUGGUCUCCCUGCUCCUAGCGGCGGGCAUAGACCCGAACAUACGCACAAACUCAGGCACACCCCUCCACGACGCUGCGUGUUUUGGCAAAGCGUCUGUCGUACGGAUAUUGUUAGCGAAAGGCGCUGAUCUGCGAGCGUUAGAUGGCAGAGGGAAGACGGUAGAGGAUCUGCUGGCAGAUUAUUCGGAAGAGGCCACCAGACGGGUCCGGAGGGUUAUACGAGAAUACGAAAGUAUGGCUCGUAAUAACUACGAAAGCGAAGAGGACCUACCACCGUUCCCAGUACAAGACUGCAGCCCCACUAGUUAUCCCCACCAACUCGUCAUGACAGCCCCCGAGACCCCGAAAAAUAAUAUAAAUGAUAGCUUUUCAACUUCAUCUUCAUCACUUGUAACACGAAAUCCAUCUCAAAGUUUCGUUAAAAAGCUUGCUUCAAAAUGCUUGGGCCUUAAAGCAAAGUUUAACUCUGCUCCUAACAUUACUAACAUAACAGAAUCGAAUGUCGAUGUCAAAACAAAGUCUGAAGUAAAAUCUAAUUCAAACGCCUUGCAUAUAGGGAAUAGUAAAUUUUUCAAAAGAUUGGCAAAGAAAGAGGAGUCUGGUGAAAUUGUUUGUAAUGAUGAAUUCGAUACGAUUUCUUUAGAUAGAGUAGGAACUUUAAAUAGAGAUUCCACUGUGAAUAGGAGUAAUAGAAGUUGUCCAGGUUUUAAAAAUUCCCUGCCAAACAUAUCUGAAAAUAAUGAACUUAGUGAUUCGAGAGAAUCUUUACCAGAAUCCAUCGUUAUUGCAGAAGUAGACAGUGAUAAUAAUAUUCAGGAUAGUAGAAAUGUAGUUGAAGCGGUUAAUCCAACUGCAAUACAAGAUAUUUUCGAACCAAGACCUCAAAAUAAUAGGAAAUCAACGAUAUCCAAUAUGUCUUCAGAAUCGGCUCAUCUAGUUAACGAAUGUUACGAAUCGUACGAGUUUUCCAGUUCAAUUGUAACUAGUUCCUUUGUUCAAACGAAAGAAGUCAAUGAUAUAAUUGCAGUGUCAAAACCUAAACCUCCACCACGUUCCCUUAUACCAGAUAAUUCGAACAACAAUAACACCAUUUACGCUAACUUUGUGCUAGAAAAGAAUGACACCCUGUCUCCAAAGCCAGCGAAACGUACACAUAUUCCUGUCAUAGAACCUAAUUUUAACGCAGAAAAACCAACAGUGUACGAAAAUAUUAUUAUUCCCGUCCGUAAAGCACCUGAACCUCCCAAAAGAACGUUCUUUCCAACUCAAUCUAAUAAGUCUUCACCCAGUGUUAGUAGAUCUUCCACAUUAUCUUCCGAUUCUAUGAUUGAUGAGACAAAUUUAGAAGAUAUAUUAUUAUCUGAAAAAUCGAGAUCUUUUCGCCACGGUCGCAAAUUGGUCUCGCGAAAAGAAAAUAGUAAAUCCAGUAUAAAUCGAACUCAAUCGAAUGCUUCGGAAUAUUCUGAUAUAACAGAAGCGAGUGCAUUAGAAAAUGUCGAUUGUAGCGGUGAAGUUGAUGAAAAAUCUAUGUAUUUGUCGAUGACGGGUACAUUGCCCAGUAAGAAAACAGAAAGAACUGUUAAAAAGAAAGUCCUGUUUAGACAUAAAACAUUCACUAAUAUUGAAGUUGAUAGAAAUUCAAUAAAUGUUAGAGAUUUGCCAAAAUGGAAUGAUGCAUUCUUAAAAGAAACGUUAGCUCACUACCACAUAAGAGGCACAGGCCAUUGUGUGUAUAAAGGUCCCACUGUUCAGGAGUUUCUCUCUAUUUUCAACACAGACACCAUAAGCACAGAUUCUUCAUUGACUAAAACUAAUGAAAAACGAAAAAGUUAUUUUGAAACCGCUAUAUGUUUUUGUAGAGCUAAACCUCCCAAAUUCCACAACAGCGCUGAAGAUCUAUUAGAUAUUCCGCCUAAAAGUGAAGAGACUGUAACUAUAGAUAUGGACGUAUUAAGAGAUAGAAUGGAAAUGAUUUCUACAUCAUUUAGAUGUUUCUGUGAUUCAGGGAAAUGUUCAUUACACGCAAAUAAGCGAGAUUCUCCUAUAGACUUAAUCGUAAAAUUCUCUGCCAUAAAGAAAAGUAUAUCGACUCCAGACAUCACGUUAGAGACGACUCUUUCUUUGACCAAACAAAAAACCGGUUUAACGAAAAAUAAAUCUGUGCCGUCCAAUUUAGAAGAGCCUUACGCCGUAGUAAACGUGCAAGAUAUUUUAGAAAGGAAUGAUUCAAAAUCUAAUAAAGCAAAUCGCGACAGUUACACAUACGUCGAAAUGUCACCACAUUCUUCUAUAUCGUCGACGGCUAGGCCUUAUUCACUUAAAGAUAUAUCUGAGGUUAUGUCAUUGAAUUCAAAUAGAUCAACAUCGACCGAUUCUAAAUCUCUGUGUGCUUCUGAUCUUCCGCUGAACAAGUCGAACUCCUCGGAACACUCUGGUCACUGGUCGUUGCAGUCAUGCAACUCGAACGUCACAAUUAUAUCCGAUUCGUCAUUUAAAACUUGCAUGGAGGAAUCGUCCGAUGACGGUUCCGACGGGUCGGGUAGCGUGCAAUCGGACGAGGACAGUUCUGACGCGGACACGAUAAAGUCUGACGUCAGCGCAACGAAGCGUCCAUGGAAGCAUAGCGAUUCGUUUCGUUUCGGGAGUACUUUGACGCGCGGGUUGGACGAUUUAGACGAAGAGGGUGAAUGUGGGGGGGAUAAGUCCUCGUCCGAUUGCUCGGACAGCGGUGUUCCGGGGUCGUGCGCGUCGGCUUCGCUUGAGCGCGGCGCGGGGUUGGUUCGCAGCGGGUCGCGGCGCCGCUGGGACGAGGCGGAGGGCGCGAGUGAGGGCGACGCGCUCAGCGUGUCGAGUGCAGCCUCCAGUUGCGCGCCGCACAGGCACCAGCACGAGUAUAGCAAAGUUUCGCCCACCCCUCCCAAGAAGCCUCCCAGGAGGAACCUCUCAGUGUCCCCCACCCAUGCCAACUCACCUUCUUCCGGUUACAGCUAUGAGCUCAGGUCUCAUGCUAGGAGUCAAGAUGACUUGGACGAUAUACAGGGUUCAAAACACUACCUCAAGCACGGUCGCUCGGUCGACCAAUACGUUGACGGUAAACUAUCCUACAUGGAUUACGAGGAACACAAUUCCCCUAGAGCCAUACCAGUGCCAAACCCCAGGACUAGCCUGAAGAACCGCUCACAGCCCGUCGCCAUAACAGCUAUGUACGAAAACGUAGUCAUCAAAGAGCAGAAUCCAAGACGGAAACUGAGAAGAAACAAUUUCGGUCCACAACACGACGAUGUGGCUAUAGAAAGAGUGAGAAAAUACUCGAACCAAGAAAGAUCGUCUCUAGAGAGUCUUCUCGAUGACCAAUCCAUGAACAGUCCGAGCGAUUGUGAGCGGUAUUACGAUGGGCCUAAGAUCGAAAUUCCCUUAUCACCAUCACAUUAUGAACAACCCCCCACUCCCGACCACCCGCCUCCCUCAGCGAAACAGGCAGAGAGAAGUAUACAUGAAAGGAUACGGCCGUUGAGUCAGGAAUACAAGCGGCGGUCAGCGCUGCGAGACAGCCAGACUGAGACGGAUAUCAAUCUGUUGCGCGCCACGUCAGCGGUGUCAGUGGCCAGCGGGGCCACGGAUCGCAGCGGCACUGACAACUGUGUUGAGGAGUAUGUGUGCGACGUUCCUUUUGCUGGCCUCUUCAAAGGCUCAACCACCACUCUCGACGGUAUCGGUCUGCGGCCGAUGCCGGCGGAGCGGCCUAAGACGUUGCGCAAACUGAAGUCGGUGUACGAUGCGUCGCCGACAGAGCCCCCCAGUGUGAAUGCUAAUAACAUAGGCAGCAAUGGACAGUUGGACAGAAACCUCAAUGGCACAGAAGACGAGGUCAGAAGAAGAAGUAACACCACCAGCUCGACGCAUAGCGGAGACAAGUCCCUGUCAAUCCUUAGCCCAUUUGAUGAGCAGGAGGAAUGGGCAAAGAUCUCCGAGAUAAUGGCGUCGUUCGGCAGCAAACUAGUUCGGGAGUCUGUUUUUGUAUCAGAGCUAGAACAGGAGUUCACAUCCAGGCUUGGCUUGAGUUGUUCUGAGUCCAGUCUUAGUCCUUCUGUGGCUUCUACUUUGGGUUUAUGGCUAUCUGGCAUGGGACUACAUGAUUAUGAACCCCUGUUCAUUGAUAGCGGCUAUGACGAUAUCGAUUUUGUGAACGGCAUCCUAGACGAGAACGACUUACGGGAAAUGGGCAUAGAAGAGAACGAUAGACAGAAAAUACUAGAAUCAUCCAAACAGUUACCUCUUAAAAUAGCAGAAAUAAGCAAUAACCAUAAUAAUAACCUUAUUAAAAACCAAAACGAAUCCGUGGACGAGUGGCUACGGAAUAUUAACUUAGAACAAUAUAGUGAUACGUUUAGAAAACAUUUAUAUGUAGAUAUGGAUAGAGUUAGGAGGAUAUGGGAGGUUGAAUUAACAGCAGUUUUAGAAAUAAAUAAGUCUGGACAUAGAAAGAGGAUACUGUGUUCCGUGUCUGGAGAGCAGAAUGGACCUAUCAAUAAUAUAGAAGAUAUUAAUUCGGAUCUCAAUAAUUUGAAGAACAACAUAAACCAGCUAAAAGAGGAAAUCAAAGAGAAGUUACCGUCAGAGAAUCUAAAGCCAGUACCGCCUCCCGUGGUGCCCUCUCUAGCGCCACCUGGUGGUGAGACCCUGAAGCGGAGUAAGAAGAACAGGCCAGCUCCUCAGCCGCCUAGACCCUCGGAUCUGGAGAUCAGGGCGCCGUCGGAGCUGCUGGUGGGUGUUCCCGGGGCACUGAAGACGCAGUGGAAGCAUCAGCCCUUCGUGCUAGUUACAGGGGCUGUCACUUAUGUGGCUAAUUAUUUGGGAUCGACGGUGGUAAAGGAACUCCGAGGUACGGAGUCUACAAAGAAAUCGAUUCAAAAACUGAAGAAAUCAACUAAGGAGCCGCGGGAUUCUCCUGACAUUAUUCUGUCGAUCAGCUAUCGAGGUGUCAAGUUCCUAAACACUAUUACUAGGGAAUUGGUCUGCGAGCACGAGAUACGCAACAUCCACUGCGCGUGCCAAGACGCGGACGAUCUCACGCACUUCGCUUAUAUCACGAAGGACCACACGACCAGGAGCCACUACUGUCAUGUGUUUAGAGUUGCUACUAUGGACCAAGCAACUGAAGUGAUCCUCACACUGGGCGAGGCGUUCGAAGUGGCUUACCAAAUGGCGCUGCGGGAACAAGCAAAUAGAAGUAAAGUGACGCAAUCCAUCACCAAAACCCCCACCCACGAUCCCAAUACCACCAGCAAUAAGGACAAACUCAACCACGGACGAUCCCACUCGAUAACAGAGAUAAAACUUAACGGACAUCAACUAAAAAUCGCUCCCCUCCCGGCUUCAUUGUCCAACGAAGAUUUCCAAGCCUCGAAGAAUCUAGAAGUCACUAGGAGCCCUAAAACACCAUUAUUAAAAGCCCCCAUCGCGUCCACAGAAGAAUUGUGAGGCAUCAGGUAAUUGAGUGAUGUGAUUAGAACAUUUUGAUAGACAUAUUUAUUUGUGAACGUUAGUUUUAAUUUUAACCGUGUCAGCGAAUUUCAUGGAACGGAGGCCUAUUGAUGUUGUUUUGUCUUCCGUUUGUUAAACGUUUUUAUGGCAUUGUGAGGCUAUUUUGUAAUUUUUAAUGGACUUUUUUGUAUCGAUAAAGUAUUUCUUUUCGUAAUGCGAUUGGAUUUGAUUCUAUUUAAAAUAUAGAAAAUCGAAAUAUUCUCGAAUAGAUUUGAUAUUCAAAAAUGGCGUCGUAGUAUUAUUUGAUAUGUAUAUUCGAUUACAAACGAUUUGAACUAUUAUGAAUAUUAUACGCGACAUUUGGAAUAAACUAUAAAAUAUACAUUUAUAUAAAUUUCGACGCAAAUCAUACAACAUUUAGUUAAAAAUUUUACUAUUGAAUAGUAAAAUUAUACGGCUGUUAUAUUUAUAAUAAUUUUAGUGAGUGUAUAUUUUUGUUUCGUUUAGACGUUAAUAUUACGAUGCAGCUAUAACCUAUAAUUUUAAUGUAUGAAGUAUUGAAAUUAGUAGUUGUAAUUUGGCUCCGUAAUUUAUAAUAAAAUAUUAGGCCUAAUGUAAUCUCGAACGAAGAUAUUAUCGCAUGAUAUUGAUCGGUUACCAGUUUUCAGUGUCGUAUGAGAAAUGUAUUUAAAUAUAUAAGCGAAUAGAUUUAAUUGUCGGUUGUUAUAAAUCUUAUGACAGAUUUGUCGUGUAACUUAUAGUACAUAACACAUAUCAAGACGAUGUUAUAUGUUGAAAUGUUCAAUAGUUGUUGGCUUUACAUUUUAGUUGUAAACUAUCUUUCGCUCAGAGUAGUACGAUAUAUUGUUUAGACGAAUGUUAUAUUGCUAAAGCUGUACAAUAAUUGUCAAAAAAAUGACAAAAAAUACUUGUUUUUUUCAAUUAAAUUUCAAUAAAUGUAUUGCUCAAUAAAAUUGUCCUUCACGUUUUCUGUUAAUAUUGUUAUGUACAUUUUAAUUAGGUGCUCUGUUCAAAAUUAGCUAAAUGUUUUUUUAUUAAUUUUGACUGGAGCAUAAUUAAGUGGUUUGAUGUAUAUUACGUCAUUGGCUUUAGUAUGAUUUAGUUUGAGAUUUCAUGUAAUGUGAUAUAAAAGUAAAGAUAUUUAAAACAUUGUGUUCUUUUAUUAAUACUGUUUAACCUGCUUUAUAUGCUUAAAUUAUGUGUAGCACAGCUUUCAUAACUAUAUAAUGUUGAUUGUCACUAUGAUAAAAUUUAUAAAAUGUAUCUAUAAAUGUUGAAUACUUAUGUAGAUUAUAGUAUUUAUAUGAUAUAGUUAUAAAUAAACGGUCUUACUAAUAAAAUGUUACCCAUUCGCUUUGCAAUGGAUUAGUUAUUGCAAUAACCUGUCUUGUUUUUAUGAUUGACGUUUCAUGUGCGCAAGAGCAGGACACAGCUAUGGUAGAAAAUGGUAGAUCCAUUGUUUAACUUUUUAUUAGUAAGCCGUAAGAGUGUGCCAAAAUGCAAUAAUACAGGUUAUAUAUGACGCUAAUACGGAAACCCCAAAUGUCAAUAUAGAUAAUAAAUUGCUCACAGAUAAACACCAAUUAUUUUAUAGACCGACUCAAUUGAGUCGCUAUAAGAAACGAUUCGUGUUAUUCUAAAAAGUUUUAUAAAAAAAUGGCUCAUGAUAUAUCUUCAAGUAUAUUAAUUUAUUUCGAGUGAAUUUUGACACUGUUUUUUUAUUAUUUCAAAUUUAAAAAUAAAUAGUUAAGAACGAAAUCGCACGACUUCCGAGUUAUCACAAAACGCAUCAAUAAUUGAAUAGCUCAUUAUAUAAUGUAGUGAUACAGUUUUAAGUAAUAUAUUUUUAAAUCUGAUGUAUACCAAAGAUAUAUAGAUUAUACUGUAUAUUAUGACGUAGAUUCGGAUUUGUUGUUGUAAUUUUCUUUAUAAGAAAUGUCACUGCCGACAGAACGAAGUAUACAUAAGCGAAUUUUAUAUGUUUAUAUUGUAUAAUAAUUUGUAUUUAAUUCUCUCUAUAUUAUCUUGUUAUUUAUACUUUAUUUAAUAUAUUUCUCGCUUUAUAAAUUGCUUUAAAUCUUCGAAAACUCGCUUACAAGUACCUAAAUAGAAUGCUAUUGAAUACAAUAAUUAUGUAUCUCCUAUUUUUAUUUAUUAUAGAGUUCUACACUUAUCGUAGCUAUCAGAUCAAUGUAAAUACGUAUAAUCAUAAAUUUGAAUUCAAUAAAAGGUAAAUAAAAUGAAUAUUCA